CACCCGCGUCCUGCCUCCGUUCCCGGCCUCCGGACGCCGGGGACCCCCAACUCCUUGGCCGGAGGGAAGCCGGGGGGUCAGAGGUCAGAGGUCACACACACACACACACACACACAGGACGAGGGGCCGCCUCCCCCGGGGCCAUGAGCCGGACCAGGGGCCUGACCCCCAGCCUACCUGGGCUACUGGGGCUGCUGCUGCUGCUGCUCAGGACAGGUGCUGAUGGAAGUGAAGCCGACCCAGUCCCUUGCGGAGUGGCCCCCCAGGCCCGCAUUGUCGGGGGGCAGAACGCCCUGGCGGGCCAGUGGCCCUGGCAGGUCAGCAUCCUGCACAACAGCGGCCACGUGUGCGGGGGCUCCCUCGUCGCCAGUCAGUGGGUGCUGACUGCCGCUCACUGCUUCCCCAGGGAAAACAAGAUUGAGGACUACGACGUCCGGCUGGGGGCCCACCAGCUGGACUCCUUCAGUUCCGACCUGGUGGUGAAAAGAGUGAAGGAGGUGCACUCCCACCCUGACUACCGCGAGGAGGGCUCCACGGGGGACAUCGCCCUGAUACGGCUCCGGGACCCCGUGGCCUAUACGCGCUACAUCAGGCCCGUCUGCCUCCCGGCCUCCAACGUGUCCUUUCCCAACGGCCUCCGCUGCACCGUGACCGGCUGGGGCCACGUGAUGAGCUCCGUGAGCCUUCCGGCCCCCAGGACCCUGCAGCAGCUGGAAGUGCCCCUGAUCAGCCGGGAGACCUGUAACUGCCUGUACAACAUCCACCCUGACCCCCGAGAGCCACACUUCAUCCAGCGGGACAUGGUCUGUGCCGGCUACGUGAAGGGGGGCAAGGACGCUUGCCAGGGUGACUCCGGGGGACCCCUGUCCUGCCCCGUGGAGGGCUCCUGGUUCCUGGCCGGCGUGGUGAGCUGGGGGGACGCCUGCGGGGCUCCCAACCGGCCCGGGGUAUACACGCUGACGUCCAGCUACGCCUCCUGGAUCCACCGGUACGUCCCCGAGGUCCGGCUCCGGGCCGUGACGGUGCCCGGGGAGUCCCAGCCCGAUGGGACCCUCUGCCAACCCGGAACGACUCUGCCCAACUCCUCUCCCGCCCCCCCGGGCUCCGGGCUGCUGCUGCUGCUGAGCUUAGGGGUGCUCUGCGGCUUGUCGUCGGCCAUCUGAACUGGGUUUCCCGGGCCUUCUGGGGCUCGUGUUCCCACCUGCUGCUGGAGGACCCCACUGAGACGUGCCUCAUUGCUUGCUCCCAGUCAGCUCUGUUCCUCCUGCUGCCAAUGGACUGAGCCACUGUGCUCCCGGGGGCUCCUCGCCCACCUGUCGCAGGGUGGCCACGUAGCCUUUUUGUCUCCCUGCUGCUGAAGGACUUGAUGCCGGACCCCGCCAGCCUAGGGCGUGAGACCGACAGACCAGGUCAUCCUCGCCGUCGGUGCCGGAGGAUGGAGCCGGCCCUCCCCAUCCACUGCCGGUUCCUGGCCAAAGCUGGGGUUUUCGGCCCCAACCCUUUGUUACCGAUGAAGGACUGAGCCUCUGGACUGUUUUUCGAGGGCCUGUUCCAGGAGGAUGUGGGCUUGGGGCAGGACCUGGCCCCAGUUUCCCACUCAAUCAUCUCUUCCAGAAUGUGGCACUGCCCUACCUCCUACAUACACACCCGUAAACACGUGCCUGAAGCCAACCUAGUCCUUCCUGGCCCCCGUGUUGCCGGAGGACAGAAGCAAGCUAAGUCUCAUGGAUUGUCCGGCAGCAGUAAACUGGGACUACGUGCUACAGCUUAGCCCCCCCUCUUUUUUUUUAAUUUUUAUUUUUUCAAAUGAAGGACCCAGACUUUUCUGCCCUACCCCCGGAGAACUGCUUCUUGCUCAGGUAGCUGCAACUGAAUUAGCCGCUGGCCCUGGGGCCAGACCCCAAAGCCCCCGUGAUUUCUCCCCUUCACGGCACUACAGCCCACUUGCUGGAGGAGGACUUUGACUCUCAUCCACCGGACCCUGGCGGCCUGAGCCACCUCUGGGGGGUGGGUGGGAGAGAGAGAGAGAGGACUUGUCUCCCCUUUCGGCCCCAAUAAACAGAUGGAGGUUGUUGGAGGGGGGGAGCAGGCCCUUGCUGCGGUAGUGGCCAGGGCCCUCCCCUUCCCCAGCAGGGCU